AUGUUGCUGGGACAGGGCCGCAGGGUCCGCUGCCGGCAGGUGACCGAGCCGUGCGGAGCCGGUGCGGGCUGCACGGAACGCGGCCCCACCGGCGGCGGGUGGCUGUCCCGAGAUCCGCCGCCUCUCCGCGUCGCGUCGCCGGCCCCGCCGUGCGGGGGCGUCCCCGGCCCGCUGCGGUUCUCACAUAAAUCAGGACCGAACUCCUGGGAAAGGGCCAUCCUUCACCGGGCGCUGCUGACAGAGAACGAGAACCAGACGGGCCCUGAGAUAAACCACGGCGCGCAGCGUUUACACAAGGGCAGGCUCUGUGUAAAUAGAGCCGGGCGUGGGGGGCAGCUCCCGGCGGCGCGGAUCCGCUCCGGCUACGGGCCCAGCCCGCGGGCCGCCGGGCUCCUGGGGCGGCGGGCAGCCCUGCAGCCGCAACCCGGGCUGAGACCCGCCGGCAGGUACCAGGGCUGCCCCCCUCCUUCCUGUACCUUCGCACCGCUCGCCCCGGUCCGGUCGUGCUCCUCGGUGCCAGCCGCCUCGCGGAGGGUGAGGCGGCCCAGAGAAGGCCCGGCCGCGGCUUGCUCCCUCCGUCGGGCGUGGGUUCCUCGAGCAGUCCGUGUGGCCGGCAGUAGCACAAAUGAGUGGGUCUCAGCCGGGAAACUACUCGUACCAGCGGGCAGAAGUCCCGUUGCGCCCUUUUCGGCCCGACCCACGUUACCCAGCGCCCGCAGGCCGCGCCCGGCGAUCGGCCCGUCCGGGAUCGCUGAGCGCGAUGGCGCCAAACGAGCCAGACCAUGCCCGGGUGCGGCCGCGGCCCUCGGCACGGCGGCUGCUGCUCCUGCAGACGGACGGGCAGGCGAACAUCGGUGGUGGCCCAGCAGUUCUGAUGGCCGCCACCACCGAGGGCACCGGCCCUUGAGGCUGUUCUCCCCGCCGGGAAGCUCGGCUGCAGUGGAGCUCCCGGGGAGCGCGGCGCUGUGCAGAGCCCGGCCGCUCGCCGCGCUGCCACCGGGCCCCGCGCCUUCACCUUCCCGGGCCCGGAGCCCCGAGGCGGGCGGGAGUGGCCCGGGACGGUGGCGGAUGUGUAACACGGAUAAGCAGAUAAUUGUUACUAAUUAUUUUCGGGGUCCCGGCAGCGACGCAGUGCCGAGCUUCUCUGCGCACCGGCGGCACGGGGCAGUCGGGCCCCGGUCAGGCCUGCUUACUGCGGCCGCCCUUCCCCGUCCACCGUCCGGACCGCAGGAAGGCGUCUCCCACAGGGAGCGGCGAGAAGAGACCGAAUCGUCGUAUUUAUAUAGCGAGGGGUUUGAAGCUGCUUGGUAGCAGUGGUCCGGUGCGCCGGGGGAAGGGGAACCGGCCCUGCCGCGGCACCGACAGCACAUGAGCUGCGGCGAAGUGCGCGGGACUCGGGCUCCUGCCCUGGGCUGCGCCCCCAGUAAAUACG